UAAAUUACGAAAUCGAUCUCAAAAUUCACGCGUUACCGAACAUAUAAACAUUUGAAGUUUAUGGCUUCAGAAAUGAGGAACCGUUAAUGCCAUGCAAGUCAGUGUCUUUUAAAAUUAGUUUGUCAACAACUUUAAACACGAGGGAAAUGUUCAACUUUGAACCCUGACGAAUUGAAUAAGAUUUCAUUAAAAUGGCAGCAUCCAUUCCAUCUGUGUCUGCGCCUUCAUUGGGCCAAAAACGCAGGGCAUCUUUGAAGAAGAAAGAAAGAAGAAAACGAAAACGGCAAGCCCUCGCCAAGGCCCAAGUUAGAGAAUCUGGCAUAGCCGAUGGAGAAGAUCAGCCAGAGGAGGGACAUGAUGAUGAUGAUGAUGAUGAAGUUGAGAGGAAAGCUGAGGAAGAAAGACAGAGAAGGCACGCCGAGUGGCUGGAGAGAGAGAGGCUGGCCCAGGAGGAGUUCAGACUGAGGUGUGAGAGGGAAGAGACGGCAAGAAAAAGAAAGGAGGAAGAGGAGGAAAGGAUAAAGGAGGAAUGGGAGGCCCAGCAGAGGAGAGAGGAGGAAGAGAAGGAGCAAAAACAGCAGGCGAAGAGAGACAGAGAGGAAGCUGUACAGAAAAUGUUGGACCAGGCUGAAAGUCAGCUGGAGAAUGGUGGUCCCUGGAAAAAUCCAGAGGCUCCAGAUUUUGGUACGGAACAAGACAGGGCUAAUUGCCCCUUUUUUCUCAAAACCGGAGCAUGCCGCUUUGGAGACAGAUGCUCCCGUAAGCACGUCCACCCGCUGUCCAGCCCUACUCUGAUGAUCCGUGGAAUGUUUGCAACCUUUGGAAUGGACCAGAGGUCGAGGGACGACUACGACACCGACGCCUGCCUGGAGUACAGUGAGGAGGAGGUGUUGCAGCAGUUUGUGGAUUUCUAUGAGGAUGUACUCCCAGAGUUUAAGGGCGCUGGCAAGGUGGUGCAGUUCAAGGUCAGUUGCAACUUCGAGCCGCACUUGAGAGGGAAUGUUUAUGUCCAGUUUGAUACAGAGGAACAGUGCAGAGAGGCCUUCAUGAUGUUCAAUGGUAGAUGGUACGCUGGAAAACAGCUCCAGUGUGAGUUCUCUCCAGUCACUAGAUGGAAAACUGCUAUAUGUGGUCUAUUUGACAGACAGAAGUGUCCGAAAGGAAAGCACUGCAACUUCCUACAUGUGUACCGUAACCCAGGUAACGAGUUCUGGGAGGCGGAUCGGGACCUGCACAUGUCACCCGACCGAGGAGGCGGUGGUGUGGGGUCUUUUACCGGCAGGUUCUCUGAGAGGAGCAACCGCUCCUCGUGGACUGAGCGGUCCCAGAGUCGACGUGGGGACAGGGAGAGGAGGAGUAGGAGUAGGGAGAGCAGGGUAUCACAGCGUCGGAGAGCCAGUGUUCAGAGUGACAGGUCCUGGGUCAGUCGUAACAGUACUAGACCCAGGUCUAGAAGUAGGGACAGGGGAAGGGUCAGGAGAGAUGGGAGCAGGGACCGAGACCGGAACAAGAGGGAGUGCCGAGGGCGUUUGUCCACCGAGUCUAGGGGUACUUCCUCCAGGCGGUCCAGAUCAGGCAGCCCCACUGGGUCUUUGAAGAGGAAGGGGCACAGGACCAAGAGCAGGAGCCCGAAGAAAUCGUCCCAAAAAGACAGGCGGCCAAGCGACGACGUUGCCGCGACAACGCCAUCCCAACACAAACACUCCAAGAAGAGCAAGAAGAAGAGCAAGAAGAAGAAGAAGCAAAAGAAGGAGAAAAAGAGUGAGUCGCCUGUGGGUCAGAGUUCAUCUGGGGAGUCAGAUAAGGAGGAAAAACCCCAUGGUAACCGUGACGAUCUGGUACCUGGGACACGGACCGCGGAUAUGGACCAAACUACUCCGGAGACAGCCAGGGCCAGUGCCAUACAAAGUCUUAGGCUGCAUAUGAGGGACAGCAACCCAGUCCAUGCAGACAUCCAGACCGUGGUCAAGGAGACAGGGGCCCUCUGUUCCCCCAGAGAGCCUGUGGCGCCCCACUCUCCAAGCCGCGGGGACUUGGACAGCACCGGUCCGACCCGUGGGGACACUGACGACAGUCCUGAGGUGAACGCAGUCUCACCGUACAUCCAGAUCAAGUCGGAGGCCUCUUCACACGGUGUAGAGAAUCGACGGGAGACGCCACCUGAUUUACUGGACAACGACUGAACAUCCUUAGUGGACUUCUAGUGUCCUCUGGAUGGACCUUGACUGUCUGUUCACUGUCUGUUCACUAGUGGACUUCUAGUGUCCUCUGGAUGGACCUUGACUGUCUGUUCACUGGUUUUGUCAGUAGUUCACACAAAUGCACUGCUAAGCCUGACUGUCUUGAUAUAUAGUUUGUUCCGAAUGUACAAUGAAUUGUGUACAUACAGUAUACAUAUGUGAAUAAACAUUUUUAUACCUAA